AUGUCUGGAACUCCCGCUGCUACUGGAACUCCUGCUGCUGGUGCUAACCCUCCUGUGAACCCAAAUACACCAGUUCCAAACAUCAUGGCUAAUCAUGCUGAGAGACCUGAAAAAUUUUCUGGUCUGAACUUCAAGAGCAAAGAGCUCAGGCGGAUUCGGCUUUUUGACACCAAAUCUGUAGAAUCGAUCUUUUUUGUUGUCUCGGAACUGCAAGAGGUUACUGGAGAUAUAUAUCGUUCACCGGUGGAUGCUUGCCGAAAUUUCUGCAGAAAAGUUAGGAAAAAUAGUGGUUUUGGGAACUCGGAGAUCGAGGAAGAAGAGACACAAAACUGCCUUGACCACUAUUUUUGUGAUAAAACAGUAAAGGUUGCUGGAGAUGUGUGUGUGACAUUCUAUGAAAAGAACAUUGGGGGUCGUCUCUUCUAUGUUUGCUUUAACACCGGGUUUAUUGAAAAUGACUUGAUACAGUUUUCGAUAGCAGAAUUUGAUAAAGUUGUAAUCGAUCUUGUUAGCCGUAUCGUACUCCUAUCGCACAAAGACUCAGAAGAACGAAGAGGAAACAAGAAACUUAAGGUUAAGUUUCAGUAUCAGUUUAGUAUUUUUUACAACAAAAAAAUGGGUGUGAAAGUUUCAAGACUCCUAACAAGACAACAAAAGAAAAGGCGGGUGGUGGUGGUUGGUGGUGGUAGCUAUGAGCUUGAUAUGUCUUAUAUCACAAAUCGCAUUUUAGCAAUGUCAUUUCCAGCCGAGCUAAUGAGAGCUAUGUAUCAAAAUCCUAUGAUACAAGUCAAGGCGUUUUUGCAAAAAAAGCAUCCUCGACAUUACAAGGUCUAUAAUUUAUGUACAGAGCAAGCUUAUGAUCCAUCUCUUUUUAAUAAUCUUGUGGAAAGAUUUCCGUUUGAUGAUAAUCAUGCCCCAUCGAUACAAAUGAUCAAGGGAUUCUGUGAAAGUGUCCAUUCAUGGCUUUCAAGUGACCCAAAGAAUGUUGUCUUCAUCCACUGCAUGGCGGGUAAAGGUCGAAUAGGGUUGAUGGUAUCAUGUUACUUGGUUUACGUCCGCAUGUUGGCAGAAGAGGCUCUUCCUGUUUAUGCAGAUAAAGGGUCCACAAAUUAUCUUCGAGUGAUGACACCAAGCCAACGGCGUUACGUCAACUAUUGGCAGAGAUCUCUUACCUUUCCAGAUGGCUGUUUACCAGAGGUCAGCCUUCCAAAACCAUGUAGCAAAGAGCUCAGGUGGAUUCGGCUUUUUGACACCAAAUCUGUAGAAUCGAUCUUUUUUGUUGUUUCGGAACUGCAAGAGGUUACAGGAGAUAUAUAUCGUUCACCGGUGGAUGCUUGCCGAAAUUUCUGCAGAAAAGUUAGGAAAAACAGUGGUUUUGGGAACUCGGAGAUCGAGGAAGAAGAGACACAAAACUGCCUUGACCACUAUUUUUGUGAUAAAACAGUAAAGGUUGCUGGAGAUGUGUGUGUGACAUUCUAUGAAAAGAACAUUGGGGGUCGUCUCUUCUAUGUUUGCUUUAACACCGGGUUUAUUGAAAAUGACUUGAUACAGUUUUCGAUAGCAGAAUUGGAUAAAGUUGGAACUAAGGGCAAUUCUAUAGCAGGUUCGGAGUUCCGAUUGGAGAUGCUUUUUAGUCCGGCGAACGAUAAACCUAAUGACUCAUAG